AUGACAGCAAACCGGGUGAUUUUCCUGCCGGGGACAUUUCAGAACGUGAGCGUCUCGCAGAAUGAGACGGUGCAGGCCGUCGUGUCCAGGAUCUCUCCGGAGGUCACUUUCAUCACUCUGCAGUUCCACACGCAGCACCGCAACGCCACGCUCUCCUACACAAGGAUGCCCGGCGUGGGUCUCUCUCUGACGGCCGUGGACUCAGGGCUCCUGUCAGCUCUCGAGCCGAGCCAGACGACCCUCACCUUGUUCCUGUCCUCGCCUGACGCUGACACUGUGUCCGGCACCGGGGUCAUCCUGCCCUACUCCAGCACCGACCCGGUCCCUGGAGCCUGCAACACUGAGUUCAACCUGGACAUCGACCCAAACAUCUACAUCCACUACAACCUCUACGAGACCACGAUCCGUUUUGCGCCUGCAAAUUUAGGAUACGAGAGAGGGGGAACUCCUCCAGCCUGCGAUGAAUCCACAGCAACCAACACACGCUGGCGGCUGCAGUACGACGUCUACCAGUACUUCCUGCCUGAGAACGACCUGUCGGAGCGCAACUUGUUCAGGGGCAUUCAGGCCGCGGCCGACAUCCAAGGCAUUAUGAAGAACGGCAGACGGGUCAUGAUGCUGCUGUCAACAGACAUGACCAGGGUGGUGUUUAACUCCAUCCCUGGACAGGGCGUCAUCUACUCGGUCAUCGUCAGAGACCCGCUGCUGAACACCUCGGCCUCCUACGUGCCCGUCCACACCUACGCCUGCAGCUUCACCUCCACUCUGGACGGCUGUUACACACUCGGAAAAAUAUCGACCAAAAUCUUUUUCACCAUCGCUGGCUUGGCCGGACUGUUUGUCUGCUUCUGUGGUCACCGAUUCUUCAAAUGUGAGCUGUUCUGUAUGGGUUUCAGCUUUGCAGCGUUUUUCUUCUUCGUCCUGAUCACACGAACCACAGACCUGGGCUAUGACAUCCGUCUGGCCCUGUCGGCCGUGGUGGGGGUGGUGGGCGGAGUCGUCCUGGUGAUGAGCUGGUGGCGUUUUGGCUCAGUCAUGGCCUGCGUCGUCGUGGUUGGGCUGAUGCUCGGCUUCCUCGUCGCCUCCGUCGUCCUCUUCACUCCGCUAGGCGACCUGGACAUUUUCAGGCGUUCAGAUUUGGUUUUCUGGGUGACGUUCUGCUGCUUUAUGAUCAUUGUUCCGCUCUUCUUCGUGCGUUGGCCCAGAGAGGGAAACAUCAUCACAUGCGGCGUUGUCGGUGCUUAUGCUGUGGUUCUGGCCGUCAACGCCUACAUUUACACCAGCCUCUCCUACAUCACCCUGAACAUCCUCAAACGCUUGCUCAACAACAACUUCAGCGCAGCGUUCACCGACGUGCCGUUCCAAACCAUCGACUACGUCAUGAUCACGGUGUGGGUGGUGCUCGGCGUGUGCGGCAUCGUCCUGCAGCUCUACCGCGAGCGUUCCCGGCCGUUCUUCCCGCCCAGCCCGUACCUCAUGUGGCUGCAGGAGCGCGAGCGCCGCAAGACCAACGUCCUGGACCCGAGCCACCACUUCCCCUCGCUGCCCAACCGCUUCAUGACCCGAGUGCGGCAGCUGACCAGGCGGGCGGAGCCGGCAGGAGAACACACACCGCUGCUUUUGUAGAAACCCGGACCCUCUCAUCACCGCUGUAUGAAGGCGGGCUGCACUCAGAGCCGGGCUCAGAACCAGAGGAAAAGCUCCCAGUGAAGAAUUUCUGACCGGCAGAGACUCAGGCUGCCAAGGAGUCCAGAGAGAUUCUUGAUUGUCUGGAGGAACAUUGGUCCUCAUGACUGGUGCUGGGACUUCACCCCAAAUCAGCUCAUCAGUGGAAGUGACACAUAAAUGACAAUACAGACCUCAAACAGAAAGGUUUUGUACAGAGACUGUCUUUUUGAUGACUAACACCACUUUUAUGAAACAUUUAAAUGACAUUUUAACCAUCGCUCAAACUGGGGUAGAACAGCCGUCCUCAUCUUUUUUAAAGGCUGAAGUGCAGCUGGUUUGAUGCUUUCUGGUGUUGCGUCUGCUCAUUUUACUGUUUGCACUCAAGUCACAAACCACUAAUGAUUUACAAAUUGAGGCAUUUCACGUCCGCAGACUGGGAUCAUCUCGACCAGCACAAGUGUCAAAGCACAGUAUUUCCUCUCAACAGUGCGUUCUGUAGCUAGUUUCUAACAUGUUUGUAAUUAUAUUAAAUUACAAACUAAGGCCAAAUUUCUGAGGUAAAAUACACUGAAUGUUCUAAAACCUCAUCCAAGUCACAGUUAAGCAUUAGUACACAAAAUCAUUAUUUUUCCUUUUGUGUAAAGCUGUCGACUUGUGUUCUCUUGAUCAGAAUCAACUUCUCACCCUUUUGUACUUUGCACACUGGAUUUUAUUGUAUUUAAAUUCUCUCCCUGUAAAGGUGCUGAUUGAUUGGUUACCUGUUAAUCUGUGAAUCUGUUUCCCCUCGAGUCGGCGUGCCAUGACUUUUCUCAGGGUUUCACGCUCAGCCUUUAGACAACUGAUGAAACUUUCAACCUGAAGCCUGUAAAUGUUUAUCUGUGUUGUAUUUAGGCACUGAACUUUCUGAUCUCAUGACUUUAUUAAAAAAAUAAAUAAAAUCCAAAACCAUAUAUGUAAAUGUGUUUGAAAAACAAUGUCAUCUGUAAAUUUAAUGUGUUUUGAUAUUUAAUAAACGUAUUCAGGUUAAAAAAGCUUGACAUUU